AUGGGCAACAUGAAAGUAGCCAUCGUCACAGGCGGCGCAUCCGGCGUCGGCCUCGCCGUGACGCAGCACCUCUCCUCCCGCGGCUGGCGCACCCUCAUCCUCGACUGCAACGAGACGGCGGGGACGCAAGCGGCCUCGCGUCUACGCAACACGACCUUCAAGGAAGUAGACGUCACGUCGUGGGCGUCGCUCUCUUCGGCCUUUGACGCGGCGCUGGAGGGAUUCGGCGGGGUGGAUUUCGUGUUUGCCAACGCGGGGACGAUAGAGAGGGGGGACCGGUUUUAUUUCCGGGAUCCGCACAUGAUCAACUUGAUUCCGAACCACUCCGACGAAGACAAACACCGUCCCCAUCCAAAACAACAACACUCCCAUCCCAAACAAAAGGCUCCUCCCUCAAGCCUCUCCUCACCAACUUCCUCGCCACACUCCCCCACAUCCGAGAUGCUCCGCGACUCCUUCGCCGCCCUCCGCCGCCCGCGGGAUAACGACCUCGCCAACCUGGCAGAGAAGCACUUCGAGCACGACCUCCGCGAUUCCGACCGCGACGCCCUCCGCCGCGCCGCCAAAAGGGUCGGCACCCACGCCACCCUCGGCUCCCUCGUCGGCCUGGGCCUCGGCCUCUUCCUCGCCUACCGCCUGCGCACCUCCCGGGCGCAGAUGUUCCAGGCCUUUCGGGCGUCCGAGAAGCCUACGCAUGUGCAGUUUGCCGAUGGACGGACGAAAGCCAUCCCCGACAUUACGCCUCUACUGCAGCCUUCCAUGGCGGGAGAUAUUGCCACGUACGGCCUCCUCGGCCUGGGCAGUCUGUUUCUCGGCGGCGAGACGGGGCUCUUGACCGGUUCCUACUUUGCGACGCGGUCCAUCUCGCGGGACGAGGAGGGCAGGAAGAGGAUUGAGAACGCGUUUCGGCGGUACCGGGCCGACUUUUUGCGGAAAGAGGCCGAUCGGCUGGAUGGUGGAGCGAAGAUUACGGAUAUGAUCAGGUUUUCGUGA